UUUCGUUCUGUACUGCUGGACGCUGUACAUCUGUGCGAACGCCUGUUCUGUCGCUACAAACGAGACGGUACCACGCGAUAUUAUAUUGUCAAAAGAAAAAAUAUUGGUUAAGUUUCAAAUUUAGUAUUUCAACCGACUCUACGGAUGAUAUUUUCGAAAAGAACUGGUUGAAAGUAUAAAAACCAAAAAUGUGCGGCUGCGUAAGAGUGCUUAGUAUUCGUAAGCCGCUGCCCCGAUCUUGGCACCGAAGGCUAUUCAGCUCAUCAUCAACACCGCCACCUCCCCAAGGUGUGCCCUACACCAAACUAACUGUUGGAGUACCGAAGGAAUUAUGGCAAGGCGAGAGAAGGGUUGCGGUAGUGCCAGCAGUAGUUAGUAAAUUAGUAAAGAAAGGUUUUAGCGUAAACAUAGAGGAAAAUGCUGGAGUCUUAGCAAAUUUUCCUAACAAGGCAUACGAAGAGGCUGGUGCCAAAAUAACUAGUUUAAAGGAUACAUAUCAAUCUAAUAUAAUUCUCAAGGUUCGUCCAUUUAUCGAAAAUGAAGUACCAAAUGUAAAUGAUGGAAGUUCGGUUGUAUCUUUCUUGUAUCCAGCACAAAAUCAGGAAUUAGUCAAAAACUUAGCAGCGAAAAAAGUAAAUGCAUUCGCUAUGGACUAUUUACUUUUCAGAGGUGGUGUGCACCCUAAUCCUUGUGGUUGGGGUGCAGCGUCCACCUGGCCUUGGCUGCUAGCGCCAUUGGAAGAAGGUUCAGGAGAGGGAGGGUACGCAAAAGAAAUGAGUGAUGCGUUUCUACAAGCAGAACGAGCUUUACUCGGAAAAGAAGCGAGAACAUCUGAUGUGGUCAUUAGCACUGCUCUUAUACCUGGCAAACCUGCGCCGAUACUUAUUCUUGAGGAUGCAGUACGGGAUAUGGCGCCAGGCAGUGUGAUCGUAGAUUUGGCUGCGGAGAUGGGUGGCAAUGUGGAGACCACAAAGAAAGGGGAGAUCACCAAAGUGCAUGGUGUCACACACAUUGGCCUCACAGAUCUGCCAAGCCGGAUGCCAGCCCAUGCAUCCACACUUUAUGCUAACAAUAUCUCUGGCUUCCUCUUUAGUGUUGGUAACAAUGACCAUUUCUUCAUUGAUUUGGAGGAUGAAGUUACCCGAGGAGCAAUAGUGUUGAAAGCUGGAGAAUUGCUCUGGCCGGCGCCCCCACCACGCAGCAUGGCCACACCCACCACAACUACAAAAGCAACUGCAGCUGCCAAAGCGGAGCCUCCAAAUCCAUUCAAUGAAACACUGAAAGAUACAUUCCUUUAUUCCACAGGCUUAGCCAGCUUGAUUGGACUUGGCAUAGCGUCACCAAAUCCAGCAUUCACUACAAUGACAACUACACUAGCACUGUCAGGUAAUAAUUACAUUCUUAUUUAUAUACAAUACCUAUUUGUUGAUAGGUGUUCGGUGUCGGGCAUCACGGCGGUGGGCGGCCUGCUGCUCAUGGGCGGCGGGUACGUGCCCGAGACCCCCGUGCAGUGGCUGGCCAGCACGGCUGCACUCAUCUCUUUCGUCAACGUAUUUGGUGGAUUCCUUGUCACCCAGCGCAUGCUUGACAUGUUCAAGAGACCUGGAGACCCACCGGAAUAUGGAUAUUUAUAUGGAAUCCCAGCUGCGGCUUUACUCGGAGGAUAUAUUACCACUGCAAUGCAGGGUUACCCUGAAGUGCAUCAGAUGGCAUACUUGGCGUCUUCGUUAUGCUGCGUGGGCGCACUCGCUGGACUCAGCUCGCAGACCACUGCUAGGAAAGGAAACUAUCUUGGAAUGAUCGGAGUAGCGGGCGGUAUCGCGGCGACGUUGGGCGCAAUGACGCCCAACGCUGAGGUGCUCGCGCAGAUGAUAGGUGUCGCUGGUAUCGGCGGUUUAUUAGGAACUGUCAUCGCUAAGAAAAUCGAGAUCACUGACCUGCCACAACUGGUGGCUGGUUUCCACAGUUUGGUGGGCAUGGCGGCGGUGCUGACGUGCGUUGCCACGUACAUGCACGACUUCCCCGCCAUGGCGCUGGACCCCACAGCCGUCACACUCAAGACAUCGCUCUUCCUCGGCACAUACAUUGGAGGCAUUACUUUCACCGGUUCCUUGGUGGCGUACGGCAAGCUGCAGGGGUCGCUGUCGUCUGCCCCGCUGCUGCUGCCGGGGCGGCACGCGCUGAACGCUGGCUUGCUGGCGGGCUCGCUGGGCUGCGGCGGCGCGCUCAUCGCGCUGCCCGACGCGCCCGGCCUGCCGCUGCUCUCCGCCGCCGCGCUGCUUAGCGGCAUACAGGGACUCACGCUCACAGCUGCUAUCGGAGGCGCGGACAUGCCGGUGGUGAUCACGGUGCUGAACAGCUACUCCGGGUGGGCGCUGUGUGCGGAGGGCUUCAUGCUCAACAACUCGCUCAUGACCAUCGUGGGCGCGCUCAUCGGCAGCUCCGGCGCCAUCCUCUCAUACAUCAUGUGCAAGGCAAUGAAUCGUUCAUUACCGAACGUGAUCCUGGGCGGGUACGGCGUGACGACGGGCGGGUCCGCGCGCCCCGCCGGCGCCACACACACGGAGCUCAACGUGGACUCCGUCGCCGACCUCAUUCACCGCGCAUCAUCCAUUAUUAUCACACCUGGCUAUGGUCUGUGCGUCGCUAAAGCUCAAUACCCGAUCGCUGAGCUUGUCGACAUGCUAAAGAGCGCUGGCAAGAAGGUGCGCUUCGCUAUACAUCCAGUCGCAGGUCGUAUGCCCGGACAACUGAACGUGUUGCUCGCAGAAGCCGGCGUGCCCUACGACGAUGUCUUCGAAAUGGAAGAAAUUAAUGAUGAAUUCCCAGAGACAGACCUUGUGCUUGUUAUUGGUGCUAACGAUACAGUUAAUAGUGCCGCUGAAGAUGACCCCGAAUCACCUAUCGCUGGUAUGCCAGUUCUCAAAGUAUGGAAAGCAGAUCAGGUUGUGGUUAUGAAGAGAUCUAUGGGAGUCGGUUACGCUGCAGUCGACAAUCCGAUAUUCUACAACCCUAACACCGCUAUGUUGCUCGGCGACGCAAAGAAAACUUGCGACGCUUUACUGGAACGCGUGAAACAUCUGGCACAGUAAAGUUAACUAAAACUAUAAAAAGAAAGCCAGGUUUUUUUUAUGUUAAUUCUAGUUUCUAUAUUCUCUAUCAAAUGGUAUAGUAGUAGUGAGAGUAGGUGGGGAAUUAUAUUUUUUUAUAAAUCUAGUUAGCUGUUUUUGUAUAAGAAAAUUGGAGUAUAUGUACUUAUAUCUUUAAUAGUUAUAGAUUAAUUAACUAUUCAAGUGGCAUGCAAUAUAUUACUAUUGACUGUUGUUAAAACUGUAAUGUAAAUGUAAGGUCAACAAAUUUAUAAUAAUGUUAGAUAUUUCAAUAUGUGAGAUUUAGGAGAUUGUAAUGUGUGUAAUUUUAACGCACAAACUUAAAUAAGGGUAAAUGAAUCCUAUUUGCAUCUCAAAUCAUUACUCCAAGUGUUAGUAAAGAUUGUGGAGGUGAGAAGAGAAAAAAUAUUUUGCAUUUAUUAGCCCUUUUUUAUAUGGGCUUAUGUUUGUUGCGUUUCAAAUUGGAUUUUAUAACACUACUGACUGACAUUGUAGAUUGUAAACGAAUUUAUCAAAUAUCUUUAUAAAGUUAUUCAUUUUUUUUUGCGCUUUUUUAUAUGUAAACAUGCAAUUUUAUUUGAAUCUUAAAAAUUGUUAAGUUUUUGAAGUUACCUAUGCAAAAUAUUUAUAAUUUAGUAGAUUAUAAAAAAAAUUAGUGACGUAAAAAUAUCGACAGAAUUUUAACAAUUACUUAAAACUUUUCAAACUACAAGUUAUUAGUAUUUAGAUUUUAUUUUAAUAAAUGACUAAAUGUUUAAUAAGCAUAUAACUAUAGUGUCAUAUCACAAAUAAGACAUGAAAUGCUCUACACAUGAUAAUUUUUAUGAAAAUGUGCUUAAUUUGAAUUGUUUAGACACAAUAGAUUUAGAAAUUAUUUAAUGAAAUUAUAUACAUUGUUUUUUUUUUAAUAACUAGAGAUUAUAAACAGAUCAUUCCAUAAUAAAUAAUUGUACAUGAAUGUUACUUAUGAAUUAUAAAUAGUUCAAUUGCUAGAAAAAUAUUUUUGCUGUCAUUUUAUAGACAUUAAGUUUUAAUGAAUGAAUUUUUAAACGCAUUUUAUUCAAACAUUUUAUAAAAUAUUUCUUUAGUCAUUUAUGGUGUUUUGUAUUAUAGAAUCAUGUUAUAAAGAUUUCAAAAUAAAAAAGAAAAAAUAAUUAC